AUGGAAGAUUCGACAUUUGCAGUUGUUGCACCUGAGAAAAAGGAUAUCCGCACGCGGCUGUCGUAUAUCACUACGGGCCAAAUACCGAAAGUCAUGAAGGGAAACCCACUCAAUGGCAACUGCAACAAGAAAAAGCCCAAAGCUGCAACCAUCUCGCCGAAACCAACGCUCCGUUUCGUCGAGCAGCCCGUUGGAGGAGUAUACACAGCAGCCGCUUAUUACACUCCUUCAGGGGAAUUAAAUCAUCCCACACAACUUCUUCCAAGGGACGAGCCGCAUCAGAAGAGUGCUCGGGAAAGUUGGAGAUGUAGCUCGUUUGCUGUGACGUCGAAGGAAGACGGGCUGCUGCGUUUCCCAGUUCGUAUUGUAAUAAUCCCAUAG